CAAUGGCUGCAGGAGUUUUACUGCAAAAUGAACUACCAUACUCUUCGUUGCUAGAGAGCAGUGUGUAUCUUGCAAAUAUGAGUUCAGGUAAUGAUUUUAUCAUCCACUGAUUUUAUCAAUCACUUAUGCUAUUGAUAUAAACAGCUUAAAUAAGUUCUGAAAAGAAGCAAUUUUCCAUAGGGGAAAAAUGGACAUUAUUCCCAAAUUUUAAGCAUAAAAUGUCUAUAGCAAAAGCAAACUGUGUGACUUCUUAUUGCCACGAUGUGUUAAGAUGUUGAACUUUUCAGUAACUUUCAGUUUGCCAAGUCUCUUGCUUAGAGAAAUGGUUCCAUGUUCAGAAGCUGCCCAGCUCUCUGAAGGCACAAAAAACCUUCAACAAAAAAACCCACUCCAAUAUUGAAAGUUUCUGGGUGAGUACUUGCAAAUCAUGCUAGACUCAGUGGAAAAAUAAUGGUAUGCAGCAUUUUCACUUGCUCAUCUCUGGCUCCAUUAUCACUUGAUAUAUACAGGAGAAAAAAUUCUGGGAAGAAAAAGAGUUAAGAAUGAAAUGUGAGAAAGAAUGUAAUUAACUCAGAAGCAUUUUUUGUUUGUUUGUUGGCUGGACAUAGGCAGCACUUGAAGAACCUUCAUCUCCUUCCCUUCUCUUCAACCUGACACCCAGAAUAAAAGCAUAUUUAAGUAUUUCCCAAUCUUCUUAUAUCGGUUUCAUUAGGACAGUCAGAUCUUUGAGCCUUAACAUUCUCCUUUUCACAUACAACAUCACCACAGAUGUGUCCAGAUGCCUGGUUUCUACAGAAGUCCUUACUGUGUCUUAACAGUGGGGCUGCAGUAUUCAAUAUUCAGUCACUCAGUCCCUGUUCAGUACCUGGAAGAAACAGCAGAUUUUUGCCUCAUGAUUUUGUAUAAAAAAAGAGCUUUCUCAUACAAAAUUCCUCUUUAAGGGUUACUGUUUCCAUAACACAAAAGGAAAAAUCAGACUGAAUGAAGUAUACAACCUAGGGAAAACACAGUGGGAUUCUGUUAAUUGACCAAAGCUAUGGUGAGUUUUCCUCAUCUCUCUGCUCUCUCCCCUUUAACACUCAGACAAUUGGAUGACUUUAAAAAAAACACACAUCCACAUUUCUGUAAUCCGUUCUCCACGUAAGUUGCUUGAGAAUGUUGUGCUUUUGAGAGCACAGUAAUCUUCCUGGCCAGCUCAUUCUCUUUCUUAGCACGCUGGCAGCAAAGUGGGAGGCAAUUUGCCACCUAAUACCUACCUUCAAAAGCCUAAAGCACUCAACUGAUGCAUCUUCUCCUCCCCAUAAUCUGCUUUAUCUCACUCUGUAGGGCUAACAGCUCUGGUUAAUAGAAGAGCUGUGCCCUGAAAAAAAAUAAGCCUUUUGUUUUGAGUAACAAAUUGUGUUUGUUAGAAGAUAUGAAUGGUCCAGAGUGAACAGUCUACAAUUCAUCGUGUAAUGAGCCAUUUCAGUAGCAGCACACUAAUCCCAAUUAUUACAGAGCUAAUGAUGCAUUUUGCAGCAGCUCAGCAGAGGGAGAGAGGUGGUUGUGGAAUGUAAAACCAGGAGUUGGGGGCGUAUAAUGUACUUACAGAUUCCUCAGGAAGCAGAGCCUCCAAAUACAUUUUGAUUGUUCUCUUGAAUAUAUUAUUUUGUGCCUAACUGAGUUCUGAAUGUAUGUUAUUUACAACUAACUAAAAUACUCACAUUGUUUAUGGAAAAAUGUUUUGGUUGUUCCCAGUCCAUUUUCAAAAUUAUCUACUUGAAAUGCAACUAUUUUCAUCAGCAGCGGAACACUUUGUCCCAAACAAUUCAUAUAGAAUGUCACUGCCACGGGGCUGGCUGGCAGCAGAGCCCUCAUUGUUUGUCACUAUGGAGACAGCUCAGCCCAUGCUGACUAGCUGCUCCAGCAGACGGAGGGAUGCGCAUCUCGCUGCAACUUCAGUGCUGAGCAACUUGGCUUUCAGACCCGUGCCUGCUCGGCAGCUGUGCUGUGCUGUCACUGGUGCUGGUCAUCAUGCAGGGCUCACCCCGGCGGCGCUCAGCAGAAGUUCAAGGCGGCCGACGGCAAAAUACACAAAAGUGGGGGAGCGCCUUCGCCACGUCAUCCCUGGGCACAUGCAGUGCUCGAUGGCAUGCGGUGGCCGUGCAUGCAAGUAUGAGAAUCCGGCUCGAUGGAGUGACCAGGAGCAAGCUAUUAAAGGGCUCUACUCUUCUUGGAUAACAGAUAACAUACUGGCUAUGGCUCGACCCUCAACAGAAUUAAUUGAAAAGUACAACAUCAUUGAACAGUUUGAAAGAUGUGGCAUAAAAACCAUAAUUAACCUGCAGCGUCCUGGGGAGCACGCGAGCUGUGGGAAUCCGCUGGAGCAAGAAAGUGGCUUCACCUACCUUCCUGAGGCGUUCAUGGAGGCUGGCAUUUACUUUUAUAAUUUUGGAUGGAAGGAUUAUGGAGUGGCAUCUCUUACUACUAUACUUGAUAUGGUAAAAGUCAUGGCUUUUGCGCUGCAGGAAGGCAGAGUGGCUGUUCACUGUCAUGCGGGACUUGGACGGACAGGUGUUCUAGUAGCUUGCUACUUAGUUUUUGCAACAAGAAUGACUGCUGAUCAAGCCAUUCUUUUUGUCAGAGCAAAAAGGCCUAAUUCUAUUCAGACUAGAGGGCAGUUACUGUGCAUCAGAGAAUUCACUCAGUUUUUGAUUCCUCUCAGAAAUGUAUUUGCUUGCUGUGAGCCCAAGGCACACAGGGUGACGCUGUCCCAGUACCUGACCCGCCAGAGACACCUGCUCCAUGGUUAUGAGAGCAGGCACCUCAAACACGUGCCAAAACUCAUUCACCUAGUGUGCAAGCUGCUGCUAGACCUGGCUGAAAACAGACAAGUGGUAGAGGCAGAGCUCUUAAACAUAGCAGAUCUCUCAGCUGAAAUUGAAAAGACUGUCUCCCAGCUGGUGUCGACACAGCUGGAUGGAGACCUUGCCAGGCAGGACAGUGACAUGUCGGACUCCUCGCACACCCACUCGGCCACUUGUGACACACAGGAUUCUCUUUUCUCCCUUGCACAUGAAUGUGAUCCUCUUUGGAAAAGGAGGAACGUCGAAUGCCUUCAGCCUCUGUCUCAUGUGAGGAGGCGUCUAAGCUACAGUGAUUCAGACCUAAGGAGAACUGAGUUCCUCUUAGAGCAAGGAGAAACGGCAUGGACGGUACCUGCUCAGAUAUUACUGUGCAACAAACUUAAGCAGAACAGUGGUGAGGAGAGUUCUGCCACAGACGAACAAAAGCCACAGCUGGAUUUGAACAAAGAAGCAUUAGUGCGUAACACGUGUACAAUUUGGAGUCAGACUAAGUUUAAUUUGGAUGGGCAAAAAGAUGGAUCUUCACUUUAUCAGAGAAGGAACUCUACCAAAGAAGUACAACGCAGCAGAACUUUUUCUUCAGGUCUAGCAUCUCUCCACUAUACCAGGGAGCCUGGAACACCAAGGCAUAAUUUCACCAAUGAGGUUGGCCAUAGAAAAGAAUGUGAGACUCGUAUGUACAGCAGAAGAGUCUAUGUCUCAGAGGAUUCUGAUUCUUCUUCUUCUUCUAAAGUGAACUUUUCCAUUGGAUGUGAAAGCCAAGGUAGCAAAGAUCCGUCAGAGGCAAUUCCACACAUUGUUCUGCAGUCAGAAUUAAGUUUGGAAGCUCGAAGAAUUUUGGCAGCAAAAGCACUUGCAAAUAUAAAUGAAUUUCUGGAAGAGGAUGAAGUGAAGCAGAAGGUAGAAAUGUGGCAGAAAGAACUGAAUUCUCGAGAUGGAGCUUGGGAUAAAAUCUCUACUGAGAGAGAUCCUUUCAUCCUCUGUAGCUUGAUGUGGUCCUGGAUAGAGCAACUGAAAGAGCCUAUUAUAUCCAAAGAUGAUAUUGACAUGUUGGCAAAAAAUUCCAUAGAAUCACAAGAUGCACUUAACUUUCUGAAAAAGGAGCAGUGUCAGACUAUCCUUUGUAUUUUACACUGUGUGGUGAACUUGCAAACGCUACCAGCUGAUGUGGAGGAGGCCUUACUUGUUCGUGCUGUUAAAGCUUUCACUAAGACAAGCUUUGAUUCUGAAGAUGGGCCGUACAUCUACAAUACCCUGAAAAAAGUAUUUAAGCAAACACUGGAAGAAAAAAGAAAAAAGCUGAAGGAAGGAACAGAGAAUCCCUCUUGAUUUCUGCACGGUGAUGCUGAAGGAUUAGAUGACUACCAAAUUAUUUUGCAUUUUCCAGCUACUAUAAUUUGUGCUAUUUUGCAUGAUUUACCUAAUGUUAGGUGGCAGCCAUUCUUAACAAAACAUUUUAUUUUUUUAGAGGGAGUUUCAUUGUGAACUGUUCUAUCUUCAUGGUUCUAAGGAACAGCUCCUGUUUGACUGUACUGCAGCUUUUUGAUUUCCAGUACUAUUUUAUUUCACAAAAUGUUCACUUGUUUUGAGCUGUAUUUAUUAUUUAGAUACCUCUGUAAUGGGCAAGCUAUGCUUUGUACAAGUUACACAGUUGCCAUAAGUCCAGUGCCAUGGUACAAAAGGUUUGAAUGGACUGAGUUAAAGUUUGUGUAUUCAGUAUGUUUACAUUAAUGUUACUUGAUUUUUCUUUGAGGACAAUAAAUACUGACUGAAAUAAC